AUGUACAAGCAACGGAUUUUCAUUCAAGUAUCUCCAAUGCUGACGAAGCUCUUUCAUUCUAGUACAAAAGGUUGGUAAAGAAUAGGUUGCAAGUGUAAAUUGUUCUCAAAGACAAGAUUCGUUGUAUUUUCCACACAUUCAUUCCAUUAGACCCUAAAAUAGAAAUCCUGCUUACAGUAAUCAUGUUACCAGACAAACCUGCAUGGGUCUAGUGUGUAUAAGUAGUAGUCUACAAUAAGCUGCCGUGGUUGGUGUCUCUGGACUACCUGAGCAUAUUUUUUCUUGUAUAUAAUACUUAUGUUUUGAUAUAUUUUAUUUUAGAAACAAAACAUCUUUAUCUCUGCGCACUUUCCCAUAUUUUACAUUGGCUUCCUAAGCAAGUUCUUCUUAGUGAAAUACCAACGGUAGGUUGACUUUUUCAAUGUUGAUAGCCAUGACUAUGAUCACAAGCCAGGGUAGUUGUACAAUGCAAAUUCAUGAAAGAAAUAUUGCAUUUCAAAAUACGAAAUUUCGGCACGCUCCUGACAAAAACAGUGGAAAGGGGCUGGAUUGACGCCCAAUAGCUCGAGCAAUAGCUCUUCAAUUUCCGCCAUUUUUGCUUUACCUUUUGGACUCGAGUUCUCGCUACAGAUAUAUAUGGAGCACUCACUGAUACAGACUGCAGCAGACUAGACUUGCCCCAGAGGACUUGCCCCAAGUCUCGCUCGAAUGGGUUUUGAUAGGGUCUAUCCAGUUUAUUAUGAGAUCAGUCAAAACUGAUGAGAUCUAAUAACAAACUGAUAGACCCUAUUAAAAGUGAUCAAAACCCAUUCGAGCGAGGCAAGUCUAGCAGCAGACUUGCUUCAAAGUUGUUCCAACAAGUUGUUAUCAGGUUGGGUUUGCACUGCUUGUUCCCAGUUGUUAAUAAGUUGUUACAGUUCUGCAACUGAUUAGCUAUAUAAAGCUGAUAUCAGAUUUUGUUCACACGGCUAGAUGUAAGAUUUUUACAUUAGUAAACUACAAUUGUCUCGAACACUUUUAUGUAUAUUAUUAAUACGUAAUAGGAUGGUUCCUGGCGAAAUUUGGAUAAAACAAGCACUUGUGAGUUUUUCAAAGACCUCAAUUAGCACUCGUCCUUUGGACUCGUGCUAUUUUGAUGUUCUUUGGAAAACUCAUCGUGCAUGUUUUAUCCAAAAUGCAUUUGAAACCAUCCUAUGACCUAUGCUAAUUUUACAUGUGUAUUUCUAGUUACUUCCAUUGUUAGUUCAGUCAUUAUCGUGCGAAGAGACAAACCUUCAGCUCUCAACCUUGGAGACAUUUUACUCCUUAACACAUGACGUACCUAAGAUCAUUUCUCAAUAUGUGACGUCACUCGUACCCAGGUACUCACAUCUGGCACAGGAUGCGCCGUCCUUGGUAAGAACAGCUAUUCGCCAUAGCUAGUAUAUAUAGAUUUAUUUCUAGAAAUUGCUUCCCACCAAGUUUAUCACAUUUUUUUUCAUGCAGAAAAUUCGAUGUAUGUCUCUGAAAUGCCUUGGAGUUUUAACCGUUUUACCUCAUCAUGAAGUGAGUUUUAGUUAUAAUCUGUUUCCCUGCUGAACUAAGUCUGUUUAUUCUGGAUGGCUCUGUCCUAGAAAGGUUCAAUAAGAAUCGAUGGACUUGAAUGAUGUGAUUUCUUGCACUUCACUUGGUGGAAUUAAUAUUAGAAUGUUAGGGUUUGUAAUCCAAGUGAUUAUAUAUACAUUUUAAUAAUAAUAUUAAUUCCACCAAGUGAAGUGCAAGAAAUCACAUCAUUCAAGUCCACCUUAUCAUAACCCGCACACCCGAUUACCUAUAUAUACAUGAACUUACGGUUACAGCUCAACAGCUGGCCUCUGUAGCUCAGUUGGUUAGAGCGCUGCACCGGAAUCGCAGGGCCGUAGGUUCAAUUCCUACCAGAGGACCUUGUGCUGCAUUUUUCGCAGUCGUUCCUGGUCAGGUCUUAAAAUGUAUAUAAUCAAUAAGAAUCAUCUUUGGUUAGUCCAGGGUUACUACAAGAAAACCUGAAACUUUAGUUUAAGUCUAUUUCUACUGGAUAACUCUAUCAAUUCUAAACUGUUCUUCCUAGAGAAGUUCAAUAUAUAGGAAUCAUCCCUUGUUGGCCAAGAAAACUCGCCACUUACUAAAAAGUCAGUUUAUCUUAAAUUGACGACCUACGAAUUUCAAGGAUAAGACUCCUGCAAGGAUAAGACUCCUGAAGAAAACAAACUGAAGCUCCGUAGUCUACCAAUUUUCAUGCCCCAGUUGCCGAAGCACCUAUACUGUCUAUUAGUAAAACAGACGACUGUCUACAUGCAUAAAAGAGCGCACGCGAAAAUUCAGAAAUCUACGCCCACAUCAACUCGUGCGAUGUGGAACUGUCGCCUGACCAAUCUAUCUCUAUGGCUAUAAACACUAAUAUAACCCAAAGAGAAAUAUUUUAAAGAGAAUUAUUUCUUACUUUCUGUUAGGUAUAUCCUUAUAAAAAGCAAGUUAUACAAUCCUUGGCUAAAUGUUUGGAUGAUCAAAAAAGAUUGGUCCGGAAAGAAGCAGUACAAUGUCGAAAUGAAUGGUAAAUAUAAACUAAAGUUUUUUUUAUUGUUAACUAGAGACAAAGUCAUCUCAAAGAUUUUUGGUCAAACAUCGCUUUACAAAUUUGUAAUUUAAGAGAUAAUUAUCCAUUCAAGUAUUUGAUUUGUUUUGAUUUGAUUUGGCUUUAUUGACACUCCCCCGAAGAGGCUUUCCAGUAACAAAAUUACAACAUAUAAAUUUACAAUGUCAUUAAUCCAUUGCCAUUAACACUAAAUCCUAAAUAAUUUAUAUAAUUUAUGAUAACACAAUUACGUAUAACAACAACGACGACAAAAGUACAGUAACCACAACAACAGUAACGACAACGACAACAACAACAACAACAACAACAACAACAACAACAACAACAACAACAACAACAACAACAACAACAACAACAUACUAAUGAUCAAAAACAUGCACUUAAUUAUCUUAAAAUUGCUAAAGUAGUUUACGUUUUAGUUUCACUUUAAAGUCUUGAAUAGUUUUAAAUCAGAUUUCUAUGUGGGAUUUCAUUUCCGAACCAACCUUAAAGUCAGUCUCAAACGGAUAUUCACUUUCUGCUUGCCUAUCUUCCGCCAUCCGUGAGCCUACCAGAAAACCUUGGCAAUUAAAUUUUUGGACUAGUUUUACUAUAACUUUCUAUUCUUUUAGGUUUUUGCUUGGCUCGGCUGCUGAAUAG